CACUAGAGUCCUACAUCGUGUACUUGAAACACAAAAAACAAGAAUCAGAUUUUUGACAAUCGUCAUUCUAGAAGCUCUGACAGCAUGGCCAAAAAUGUGUGACUGAGCAGUCUUUCUGAGCAACAGUCGAUUCGACACAAGACCGAAGUGUACUUCGGAACUACACACAACAGUCCUCUACGCGGCGCAACGCGCGCCACACCGCGGGAGAGCUGCGUGUUUGGGAGCUGUCUGGGAAGGAUCUGGGGGCCCAGGACCGUCCGCAGUGUGCAGGUGGCUCGAGGAAGACGGCAGCAUGGACAUGGAGACGGAGGACGCUCAGGAAAUAGGUAUGGAAGAUGCGGCCGAGGUUAGAAUUGAGGUUGCUAACGAUCCGUCGCGACGCCAUGAUCGCCAUGAGCAAGGAGGCGCGGUGCUGCCCCCUAGCGGCGUCGGGCUGAAGCUCUCGGUGGAGAUGGAGGCGUUCAGGCAAGAGCGCGCGCCCGACGAAUCCUCAGCGGGGACCCGCACGCCGGACGCCCCGGACACCCCCGAGGACGAGAAGGACAAGGACAAGCUGAUGGACACGGAGACGGAGAAGGACAAAGACAAGGAGAAGGGACGUAAGAGGAAGAAACAUCGGCGGCUGCAGCACAACAAGAAGGUGUGGCUGUGGAAGAAGGAGCUGGCGGCGGGCGGGGGCGGAGGCGGGGCGAGCCCUUCGUCGGGGAGGCAGAGGCAGCAGAGACCACGGCCCAACCGUUCAAACCGCUCCAACGCAGCCCUGCCCGCCCCGAACAACACGACGCAGUUCAUCAUGGAGGACCAUACGGACGUGCCAGCCCUGGACCUGGAGGCGCUGCGGGGCUCCAGGACCAGCAGGGCCAGGGACUCGAGCUUCAGCAUCGACUCGGAUGAGGAUUUCUCUUCAUCCCCAGAGGAUGAGGCGUACCUCUGGAAACAGUUCUCUAACACCUAUGAAGAUGUCCACGUGGAGAGAUUGGGUACAAUGACCAAGGUGGACCUCAUCCAGGAGUAUCUUCGGUUAGAACAGCAAGUUGGCAACCUGGAGAAAAAAUUGAUAGGCAGCACGGGCACCGAUUCUGAGAGUGAAGUUCCUGAAGGAGACUUGGCAAUAGAACCCGUCAUGGCAGAGAAGAUACGAAUAUUCCAGGAAGAGAUUCGGAAGCUUGCUGUUGAAAAUGAACAAUUGGUUCAGGAAAAUAAAAGAAUCCAAUCAUCAAGCAGCCUUGUGAGGCAAUCAUCCUCAUCCCUCUCAUCAUCCAUCGACUCUGAAAGCGAUAGUUCUACCUCAUCUGGGAGCUCAUCGUCAAGCAGUUCAGGGUGCAGUGGAGCCAGUCGAUCAAGUGGUUCAGGACGCAGUCACAGUGGUAAAUCAUCACCCCAAAGUGCAAUCAGAAACAAUAAUCCAGGUAUUGAAUUGGAGGACAAAACCAUUGAUUUGUCCUCUGACCAGGAUAUGGAAAGUGAAAGUUUGAAUGACGCUCCUCUCCACCUGGAAUCUGUCCAUGAAGAGAAUUCAACUGUUUCGUCUGUCACUGCCCAUUAGGUGUCAUCUGUAAAACAACGAAUAUGUUCUGUUCUGUAACUUCAUAUUUCCUUACUCAGACAAAAACAGUGGAUGGGGAACUAUAAUCCACCUAACUAAAGGCUGUGUGUACUGAGCCUAGAACUUGUGAUGUAAAUCACAAGCUUAUUUUAAUUAAAGAUAUGCCAGUGCUAUUAGUAAUUUUGAUAAUGUUCGGCAGCAUAUUUUUACUACAAUUUACUUUGUACAUAGUAAUAACUAAGCAGUUUAUGUCUUUGUUUUUAUCUGUUCUGUAGGAGUAUUGGCAUAUCUUUAAUAAAAUAUCUCACUGUUGUAAGCUAGCUUUAAGUUUUAGUAUUAAUAAGAAAGAUGUGUGUUGAUUAAGUUAGUAAAUUUGCUCUUCAAGUUCACAUUCUUUCUUACCUGUCUUGGUUUAGCACUAAACUUGGUCAGUCAGAAAUGAUUUUUUUUUCCCAUUUUUUCUUUGUAUGGCAUUUGUUGGCACGUGUUAGAUAAUUUUUAAAAUUUGCUAAGUGCUUUGGUGCUGAAUUAGAAUUAGUAAGUUGUACUUUCACCAGUUUGUAUCCAUCUUAUCAUGGAUCUUAUGAAACUUUUGAUUAUUACCUAUUUAUGUUCAUUAUGUUCAAAAUGUAGGUGCCUUUGUCUACCUGUAUGAUAACAGCCACUUUGUGAGGAGUUCUCUUAGCUUUAUGCCCAUUUUUGAUAUUUAUUAUUUUUUUUUUCCAAUUGUGCUGCAUUCAUGUUUAUUUCAUCUUGCCAUUUUUUCACUUACUAAUGUGCUCAGACUUGUGUAACAUAUCUUCACUGGGAAAGCAACAGUUGCUUUGUGUGUCAAGUCUUCCAUUCUUUUUAAAGGUCUUCAGAAAUUCUUACAAAAAAUACCAUUUUGUUGAGUUAACUCAUGAGAUCACUGUGAUUUGUGUAAAGUCUUGCUACUUGUCAGAUUAAUUUUAAGCAUUAAAGACUGAGAUAUUUAA